CAAAGUGGUAUUUUCAGUGAAUCUGAGAAUAAAGUUUACGUGACUCCAGAUGGUAAAUUGAAUAUCGUUAUUUGCAAAGAUCUUUACCAAAGUCUUGGUUUAGAGGGGCGACCCAUCGGACAUACAAAGGAACGAUUUGAUUCUUAUCGACACAAUUUCAACCAACAAAAUCACAUAAAUGCCUAAAUACAAAAAGCCACCAACACUAGAGGAUUUGGCAUUGAAAGCCUCUGUGGUAUGGCUAAGUAAUUUUGGAAGGAAAUUUAUGAAGAAUAUCCGAAUACUUUCCAAAAAUGAUGCUCAGAAAGCUACUGAAAUCUUAAAAGAAUGUCUCAAAACCGCACACGAUAUAUUUGAGUACAAUGUUCCACACUACCUUUUUGAUCGUGUUGGCCAAGAAGUUUUCAAAACAACACCAAAGCUGAUAGACGAUGUCAAGAGCUGUUUGCGAGCAUCUUCAUCUAUAAGCGAAUACCUUAGCCAAGUGAAUGUCGCUGUUGGACUGGCUGAAGUUAUAAUAUCACCAUAUCUUCGUCAAUUGGAUUUUAUGGAAGUUCCGAAAAUGAUGCGACACAUGUUUUACACAAAGCUAUCAUGUAUGCCAGGCAUACAGUAUUUGAAUUUAAGUUCAAUGUCCGGUGGAUGGAAGACAUCUCAAAUGGAACCAAUUGUUUUAAAUGGACUAGCAAGCAUGAAGAAUUUAAGAACUUUAGUGCUAAAUUAUGACUGUACGGAUACAAUAUUAGAGCUUUUGGCAAAAGCUUGUCCAUAUUUGCACACAUUAGAUGUAUGUUCUUCCAAAUCAAUCACAAACAACAGUGUCAAGUAUCUCAGUAACUUGUCAAAUCUGCGCGUGUUACAAUUAUAUAGUACUUCAGUGACCAUAGAUGGAUACGCGACGUUGUUUAUUAAAAUGCCAUUUUUGCAGGAUAUCGGAAGAUUCGAUGACAUUGGACGUUGCCUGGAAUAUGUUUAUAUGAAAUACCAAAGCUAUGAAGCCAAAGAUAUUCCACAAUUACAACUGAGAGUUUUUUCAAGUCGUUUCGUUGUAACUAAGCACUUGCAAAUACUUGCUGAAUUUUGUCCUGAAAUUACAACAGUUCUUCUGUUUCAUAAUCCUCUAUUAAACGAUCUCAUGGCACUAAUUGCAAUCAACAAACUUUCUGUGCUAAAACUUCUCUCGUGUGAUUUUUUUGGUGAUCAAGUGCGAGAUGUUCUUCAAGUCAAAGGAUGCAAUCUAACUCAUUUACACUUGGAACACGUCGAUCAGCUUGACAUGAAUGCAUUGAUCUACAUAAGUCAAUAUUGUCCGGAUCUAAAGAUUCUUACAUUCUACUAUUGCGACUUUAUUGAAAGUACAUCUUUGUACAUACGAAAACUAGAAAUACCACCUUUUAUGAAUUUGGAAAAGCUUACGAUUACUUCAGCUUGCUUCGAACAACACAUGGAAUUUCUCAUGUCGAAUUGUUUUAAAAUCAAAACCGUACAUAUUGGCACAAUGGCACCAACAACCGACGCACUAAUCGAUGCAAUACUUAGUAAGAAUCCAAUGGAGCAUUUGGAUUCACUUAAUAUUGCUUUCUCCAAUGGAUUAUCAAUUAGGACCGCUUAUAAAUUGGUAGAAGUUUGUCCCAAUCUAAGAAUGCUCGGUGAACUUGGUAGCUGGGCACUGAUCAACGAAUUUGAAUUAGAAUGUUUUAAAAUGUUUAUCGCAACUAGAAACUUUGAUUUGGAUAUUCAGACUUUUGCUAGAUAUAGCGGUGAGCCACAGGACUCUGAAGCGUGAAUUAAUUUAUGUGUUAAAAAGUUGUGUUGGUUUUUAUGUGUUAAAUAAAUAAAGCAAAAUACAAAGAAUUUUAACAGA